AUGAGUCUAUGCCAGUUCUGUGGUUUUGUGUACAUCUUUUUGACGUCAUUUUUCUAUGGGAGGGUAAGAGGCGGGAUUCUCUACGACAAUAACCCAAACUACCAUGCACUUUUUAUGACGUACGGAUUGGUAUUCUUUAAUGGAGAAGCCUUACUCGCUUAUCGUUUUCUCCGGAACGAUCCAAAAGCGCUUUCAAAGCUGAUUCACGGAACGUGUCAUUUGUUGGCUAUCGGAAUGUGGUCAGCAGCUUUGGCUCAAAUUGUUCACUUUAAAAAUGUGAACAAAUAUCAACACGUCUAUUCGUUCCACAGUUGGUUCGGUAUCGCGAUUAUGGCAGCUUAUAUAAUUCAGUUCCUAUUUGGGCUAUUUAAUUAUGGAUUGCCCGGGGUGCCACUCGAAAUCCGAGCCGCAUUAAUGCCAUACCAUCGAGCCGUCGGCAUGAUUUUGUUUAUUUGCUCGGUGGCACAGGCGCUCAUCGGAAAUAUUAGCUACUCGCCAAUGAACCCGGAGACGUGUAGCCAUUAUCUCGACUGUCCCUCCCACAUGGAGCUUAUUUUCAACUUUUCCCUGGUAUCUCUAAUUUUGUAUGCCAUCCUGGUGGUGGUGCUAGUUUCAAAGAAAUCGUGGGCCCGGGAGCAUACCCCAGAUGAGAUCAAGACUGAA